GUCGAGCACUCGCGUCGCGGUGGCACCUGCGAUCCGAAGCGAGUCCGAGUCACACGGCCACGCCCCUUGGUCUCCUUCCUCCGCUUGCGGCUUGCCUUUUUCGGGCCGCCUCCGCUCCUCUCUCUCUCUCUGGCUCUCUCCCUCUCCAAUGGCCCGCCCCAGGAAGCCGCCGCCGCCCUCGCCGCCUAAGGCGGCGGCGCCGUCCAUCGCUGACGCGCUGCUGCUGGCCACGGUCUGCAUGGUGGGUCUGCCCGUGGAGGUGCGGGUCCGCGACGGAUCCGCCUACGCCGGCGUCCUCCACACUGCCUGCGUCGACGCCGGAUACGGUGUCGUGCUAAAGAAAGCAAAGAAGAUUGCAAACGGGAAGGGAGAUGUGAAUCUCUCGCUGGGAUCGUUUGUGGACACUCUUGUUGUUUGCCCAGAUGACCUUGUACAAGUUAUUGCAAAGGGUCUUUCACUCCCCCUUAAAGGUGUCUGUAAACCUCUUGAUUCCAACGUGGUUGCUGCCAGUGGAUCCUUGAAGCCUCAAAUUUCACAUGCAAAUGACCCAAAAAUGUCUAAUAAAACUAAAAAUAUGUCUCCACUUAUGCAAGCUGAGAAAUGCACCUCGGUGGGUCAGGAGAAAAAUACUUCUGUUAAGAGAAAUGGUCAAGAUAAUGGUAUUACUACAAGUUUAAGUUCUUCAACCAGACAUGUGGGGGCAUGUUUAUCCAAUAAUUGGGAUUCUAGGUCUGGAAGUAUGGUGCCUAAAGUUGAUGUUAUCACAAGUUCAGCUUCAGCUGUGCCCGUGGUGGCUUCAGGUGUUAAACCCUCUCAGCCAGUCAAUAAUUCAGUUGCCAAGAUUGUCACGUCAAGCAAAACUGCUGCUAAGGAAUUCAAACUCAAUCCUUCCGCAAAGGUCUUUUCUCCAUCUUUUGCAAGUUCUAGGCAAGUACUUGCAGCUGCGGCCCCUGUUGACACAUACUACAUUUCACACUCUGCCCCUGAAGUACCAAUGGGUGUGCCUGUAUAUGAACCAAAAUCUGUGUCAGGUGUUUCACCUCUAUCCAACAAGGUUUAUUGUAGUAAUCUAUCUCCUGCAAACUAUGCCAUUUCACCUCAGUAUGUGCCGUCUAUCAUGGGCCAUAAUGCAUCAAGGCUAGACCCAUCCAGAAUUGGCACACCAUACCAUCCUAUGCAGGUGGGGGCAACUUAUACUACCCCUAGUCCUCAGCCUGUAAUGGCUGGGAAGUUCAGUCCUGUUGUUUAUGUUCAACCAGGUCCUCAGGAUGCAAUGCAUGGAACAACCGUUGGUUUUCAAGGAUGGCCUUGCCCUUUGUUAUUGAAUUCGUACCAAGCUAGCAUGCAGAAAUUCCAAGGCAACCCCCCGGUGUAUUUAGCUCCUCCAGUCAUGGCAACUGGGAACCUUCCAUUGGUGGUACCAAGCCCUGCAUCACUUGUGCAGCCGUUCGAGGCCAUUCAUCCCAUAAUGGUCCCUGCUGCAAGCAGCAUGGUCCCAGGAAAAUACAUGUAAACUUGUCGUACCAAUGACAAUCUCCUUUUGUUGGAAGAAUCCUGGCGUACCCAUUUUGUCUGAAAGGACUCUAGUCUGUUGAUUCACUUGUCAGUUGCUGGUCUGUGUCCGUAUUUUAGUUGGAAGGGCUUUGCAACUUCUUGUCAUUCUUCAUGCUUGGUGUGGGUUUCCAAUUUUUUUUAGGGGCGGGACAGUAAAAUGAAUUAGGGAGAAAAUGCAGCGAUUCUUUGUUAUCUUAGCGACACCUCUUCUUCCAAGAGCAGUAUGUACAAUGUGACAUUGUAAAAGAUUCAUAUAGUGAAGGCCUUAUUUUCACGAGGCUAAUGUACAUCCAUCUU